AUGGGGUCAGCAGGCGCGGUGCGAUACAUCAUUGCGCGAAAAGAGGUAGAAAAAGAGUCACGCAAUAGAAGCGGCCAGACUCCGUUAUCGUGGGCCGCUUAUAAAGGGCAUUUGGAGAUCGCAAAGAUGCUGGCCGAGUCCCCCGGCGUUAAUAUGGACUCGAAGGACGACUUUAGUCAAACACCGCUCUCGUGGGCAGCACACAGCGGACACAUUGGUGUUGUAUCCUACCUUCUUAGCACAUCGCACGAUGAUCCAGACUCACAAGAUGAAGAUGAUCGAACACCACUCUCAUGGGCAACCCAUAACGGUCAUGCCGCCAUCGUCACCCUUCUCGCGUCCCAAGCGGACGUGAACGCGGAUACCAGGGACAAGAACGGACAGAGUCUGCUAUCGUGGGCGGCUCGCGAAGGCCAUUUAGACGUGGUCAAGUAUCUUAUGGCGCGCCAAGACGUGCAAGUUCAUGCUGCGGAUAGAAGAGGCUUAACAGCAUUGAGAUGGGCGGCGUGGAAUGGGUAUGCGGAUGUUGUACUUGUGUUAGAAGCGAAGAGCGUGGAGAUGCGGCGCGACGGAUCUCACUGUUGA